CUGGUGCUCACGUGCAUGGCCGAGGGCAGCUGGCCCCUGGAGUUCAAGUGGCUGCACAACAGCAGGGAGCUGACCAAGUUCUCCCUGGAGUACAGGUACAUGAUCACCAGCCUGGACCGCACCCAUGCCGGCUUCUACCGCUGCAUCGUGAGGAACCGGAUGGGCGCCCUGCUGCAGCGGCAAACCGAGGUCCAGGUGGCCUACAUGGGGAGCUUCGAGGAAGGCGAGAAGCACCAGAGCGUCUCCCACGGGGAGGCAGCCGUCAUCCGCGCCCCACGCAUCGCCAGCUUCCCGCGGCCACAGGUGACCUGGUUCCGGGACGGCCGCAAGAUCCCGCCCAGCAGCCGCAUAGCCAUCACCCUGGAGAACACCCUCGUCAUUCUGUCCACGGUGGCCCCCGACGCAGGCCGCUACUACGUGCAGGCUGUUAAUGACAAGAACGGGGAUAACAAGACCAGCCAGCCCAUCACUCUCGCCGUGGAGAAUGUCGGGGGCCCUGCAGACCCCAUCGCCCCAACCAUCAUCAUUCCUCCCAAGAACACCAGUGUGGUGGCCGGGACCUCGGAGGUGACCAUGGAGUGCGUGGCCAACGCCAGGCCCCUGAUCAAGCUGCACAUCGUUUGGAAGAAAGACGGGGUGCCGCUGGUGGGCGGCCUCAGCGACUACAACCGCCGGCUCACCAUCCCCAGCCCGACGGCCAGCGACGCUGGCUACUAUGAGUGCGAGGCCGUCCUCCGCAGCAGCAGCGUCCCCUCUGUCAUCCGAGGAGCCUACCUGUCUGUGCUGGAACCUCCCCAGUUUGUCAAGGAGCCAGAGAGACACAUCACAGCGGAGAUGGAGAAAGUGGUGGACAUUCCCUGUCGGGCCAAAGGCGUGCCCCCGCCCUCCAUCACCUGGUACAAGGACGCGGCGGUGGUGGAAGAGGGGAGGCUGAACCGGUUCCGGCAGCGCGCCGACGGGGCCCUGCAGAUCAGCGGGCUGCUGCCUGACGACACUGGCAUGUUCCAGUGCUUCGCCCGCAACGCGGCCGGCGAGGUGCAGACCUCCACCUACCUGGCUGUCACCAGCAUCGCCCCCAACAUCACCAGGGGCCCCUUGGACAGCACGGUGAUCGACGGCAUGUCAGUGGUACUGGCUUGCGAGACUUCGGGGGCGCCCCGGCCGGCCAUCACCUGGCAGAAAGGGGAGCGCAUCUUGGCCAGCGGCUCCGUCCAGCUGCCUCGCUUCACGCUGCUGGAGUCGGGCAGUCUGCUUGUCAGCCCCACGCACGUCUCCGACGCCGGGACCUACACCUGCUUGGCCACCAACUCUCGGGGGGUCGACGAAGCCUCGGCCGACCUGGUCGUGUGGGCCCGGACGCACAUCACCAAGCCCCCCCAGGACCAGAGUGUCAUCAAGGGCACCCAGGCCUCCAUGGUGUGCGGCGUGACCCAUGACCCCCGCGUGACCGUCAGGCACGUCUGGGAGAAGGAUGGGGUCGCCCUGGGCACGGAGAGCAACCCCCGCAUCCGUCUCGACAAAAACGGCUCCCUGCACAUCUCGCAGACGUGGUCGGGGGACAUCGGCACCUACACCUGCCGGGUGCUCUCGGCGGGGGGCAAUGACUCUCGCAGUGCCCACCUGCGCGUCAGGCAGCUGCCCCACGCCCCCGAGCGCCCUGUGGCGACUCUCAGCACAGCGGAGAGGCGGGCCAUCAACCUGACGUGGGCCAAGCCCUUCGAUGGCAACAGCCCCCUGCUUCGCUACAUCCUGGAGAUGUCGGAGAACAACGCCCCCUGGACCGUGCUCCUGGCCAGCGUGGACCCCGAGGCCACCUCAGUGAUGGUCAAGGGCUUGGUGCCCGCUCGCUCCUACCAGUUCCGCCUGUGCGCAGUCAACGACGUGGGGAAGGGACAGUUCAGCAAGGACACGGAGAGGGUCUCCCUUCCCGAGGAGCCCCCCACGGCCCCUCCGCAGAAUGUCAUCGCCAGCGGCCGGACCAACCAGUCCAUCAUGAUCCAGUGGCAGCCGCCUCCCGAGAGCCACCAGAACGGCCUCCUGAAGGGCUACCUCAUUAGGUACUGCCUGGCCGGGCUGCCUGUCGGGUACCAGUUUAAGAACAUCACGGAUGCCGAUGUCAACAACUUGCUGCUGGAGGACCUCAUCAUCUGGACCAACUACGAGAUCGAGGUGGCCGCCUACAACAGCGCCGGGCUGGGCGUCUACAGCAGCAAAGUCACCGAGUGGACUCUGCAGGGAGUCCCCACCGUCCCUCCUGGCAACGUGCAUGCAGAAGCCACCAACUCCACCACCAUCCGCUUCACCUGGAAUGCCCCCAGCCCCCAGUUCAUCAACGGCAUCAACCAGGGCUACAAGCUGAUUGCCUGGGAGCCUGAGCAGGAAGAAGAGGUUACCAUGGUGACUGCCCGGCCCAACUUUCAAGACAGCAUCCACGUGGGCUUUGUGUCUGGCCUGAAGAAGUUCACCGAGUACUUCACCUCUGUGCUGUGCUUCACCACUCCCGGGGACGGGCCGCGGAGCACCCCCCAACUGGUGCGCACCCACGAGGACGUGCCGGGACCUGUGGGACACCUGAGCUUCAGUGAAAUCCUGGACACGUCGCUGAAAGUCAGCUGGCAAGAGCCAGGAGAGAAGAAUGGCAUGCUCACAGGGUACCGGAUCUCCUGGGAGGAGUAUAACCGCACCAACACCCGCGUGACCCACUACCUGCCCAACGUGACCCUGGAGUACCGCGUCACGGGCCUCACCGCGCUCACCACCUACACCAUCGAGGUGGCCGCCAUGACCGCCAAGGGCCAGGGCCAGGUGUCCGCGUCGACCAUCUCCUCCGGGGUGCCUCCAGAACUCCCAGGGGCCCCCACCAACCUGGGCAUCUCCAACAUCGGCCCCCGCUCCGUGACCUUGCAGUUCCGGCCAGGCUACGACGGCAAAACCUCCAUCUCCCGCUGGCUGGUGGAGGCCCAGGUAGGCGUGGUUGGGGAGGGAGAGGAGUGGCUGCUGGUGCACCAGCUCACCAACGAGCCCGAUGCCCGCUCCAUGGAGGUGCCCGAGCUCAACCCCUUCACCUACUACAGCUUCCGAAUGCGCCAGGUGAACAUCGUGGGCACGAGCCCACCCAGCCAGCCUUCUAGAAAGAUCCAGACCCUCCAGGCACCCCCUGACAUGGCGCCAGCCAACGUGACCCUGCGCACAGCCAGUGAGACCAGCCUGUGGCUCCGCUGGAUGCCUCUCCCAGAGAUGGAAUACAACGGGAACCCCGAGUCGGUGGGCUACAAGAUCAGAUAUAGCCGGGCAGAUGGCCGCGGCAAGACGCUGAGCCACGUGGUCCAGGACCGCGUGGAGCGUGAGUACACCAUCGAAGACCUGGAGGAGUGGACAGAGUACCGCGUGCAGGUCCAGGCCUUCAACGCCAUCGGGAGCGGGCCCUGGAGCCAGAUGGUGACAGGCAGGACCCGGGAGUCAGUCCCAUCCUCCGGUCCCACCAACGUGUCUGCGCUGGCCACCACUUCCAGCAGCAUGCUGGUGCGCUGGAAUGAGAUCCCGGAGGCUGACCGCAACGGGCUCGUGCUAGGUUACAAGGUGAUGUACAAGGAGAAGGACUCAGACGCGCAGCCCCGGUUCUGGCUGGUGGAGGGGAACGCGUCUCGCAGUGCCCAGCUCUCGGGGCUGGGCAAGUACGUGCUGUACGAGGUGCAGGUGCUGGCUUUCACGCGCAUCGGGGACGGCAGCCCCAGCCACCCGCCCGUCCUGGAGCGGACGCUGGAUGACGUCCCGGGACCGCCCAUGGGCAUCCUGUUCCCAGAGGUGAGGACCACAUCUGUGCGACUGAUCUGGCAGCCCCCCACUGCCCCCAACGGCAUCAUUCUUGCUUACCAGGUGACACACCGGCUCAACACCACCACUGCCAACACGGCCACGGUGGAGGUGCUCGCGCCCAGCGCCCGCCAAUACACGGCCACCGGCCUCAAGCCAGAGUCCGUCUACCUGUUCCGCAUCACAGCCCAGACCCGCAAGGGCUGGGGAGAGGCCGCCGAGGCCUUGGUGGUGACCACGGAGAAGAGAGACCGCCCACAGCCCCCCAGCAAGCCGGUGGUGCGGCAGGAGGAUGUGAAGGCACGCAGCGUCCUGCUGUCCUGGGAGCCGGGAAGUGACGGGCUGUCCCCCGUGCGCUACUACACGGUCCAGACCCGCGAGCUGCCUGGCGGCAGGUGGGCGCUGCACUCGGCCUCCGUGAGCCACAACGCCUCUGCUUUCGUGGUGGAGAGACUCAAGCCCUUCACGUCCUACAAGUUCCGAGUGAAGGCGACCAAUGACAUUGGGGACAGCGAGUUCAGUGAGGAGUCGGAGCCGCUGACCACUCUGCAGGCCGCCCCCGACGAGGCACCCACCAUUGUCUCGGUGACACCCCACACCACCACCUCUGUGCUGAUCCGAUGGCAGCCACCAGCAGAGGACAAGAUCAAUGGCAUCCUCCUGGGUUUCCGCAUCCGGUACCGGGAGCUGCUCUACGAGGGGCUUCGGGGCUUCACGCUGCGUGGCAUCAACAACCCGGGGGCCAAGUGGGCCGAACUCACCUACCUGAACAAACACCGACGCUACGAGAUUCGGAUGAGCGUGUUCAACGCCGUGGGUGAGGGCCCCUCGAGCCCCCCACAGGAAGUCUUUGUCGGGGAAGCAGUGCCCACGGCAGCACCCCGCAACGUGGCUGUCCACGGCGCCACGGCCACACAGCUGGACGUGACAUGGGAGCCACCCCCUCCGGAGAGCCAGAAUGGAGACAUCCAGGGUUACAAGAUCUAUUUCUGGGAAGCCCAGCGGCGCAACCUCACCGAGCGGGUGAAGACGCUCUUCCUGGCCGAGAACGGCGUGAAGCUCAAGAACCUGACGGGCUACACGGCCUACAUGGUCAGCGUGGCGGCCUUCAACGCCGCGGGAGACGGGCCUCGGAGUGCCCCCACCCGGGGCCAGACCCAGCAAGCAGCCCCCAGUGCUCCCAGCUCGGUCAAGUUCAGCGAGCUGACCACAACCUCGGUGAACGUGUCCUGGGAGGCCCCGCAGUUCCCCAACGGCAUCCUGGAGGGCUACCGGCUGGUGUACGAGCCCUGCACCCCGGUGGAUGGCGUCAGUAAGAUUGUGACAGUGGACGUGAAGGGGAACAGCCCUCUGUGGCUGAAGGUGAAGGACCUGGCAGAGGGGAUGACCUACAGGUUCCGCAUCAGAGCCAAGACCUUCACCUACGGGCCGGAGAUCGAAGCCAACGUCACCACAGGCCCCGGAGAAGGUGCCCCGGGGCCACCUGGAGUGCCCAUCAUCGUGCGGUACAGCUCCGCCAUCGCCAUCCACUGGUCCAGCGGAGACCCCGGCAAAGGGCCCAUCACCCGCUACGUCAUAGAGGCCAGGCCAUCAGACGAGGGGCUAUGGGACAUUCUCAUCAAAGACAUCCCCAAGGAGGUGACCUCCUACACGUUCAGCAUGGACAUCCUGAAGCCGGGCGUGAGCUAUGACUUCCGGGUUAUUGCCGUCAAUGACUACGGCUUUGGAACCCCCAGCAGCCCCUCCCAGUCCGUGCCAGCUCAGAAAGCCAACCCAUUCUAUGAGGAAUGGUGGUUCCUGGUGGUCAUUGCCCUUGUUGGCCUCAUCUUCAUCCUGCUUUUGGUCUUUGUGCUCAUCAUCCGGGGCCAGAGCAAGAAGUAUGCCAAGAAGACAGACUCUGGGAACAGUGCCAAAUCUGGUGCCCUUGGCCAUGGGGAGAUGAUGAGCUUGGAUGAAAGCAGUUUCCCUGCCCUGGAACUCAACAACCGGAGGCUCUCUGUCAAGAACUCCUUCUGCCGGAAGAACGGCCUGUAUACCAGGUCUCCUCCCCGGCCCAGCCCGGGCAGCCUCCACUACUCCGAUGAAGAUGUCACCAAAUACAACGACCUCAUCCCGGCAGAGAGCAGCAGCCUGACCGAGAAGCCCUCAGAAAUCUCCGACUCUCAGGGAAGUGACAGCGAGUACGAGACCGACCCGAGCCACCAGAAGGCCCACUCUUUUGUCAAUCACUACAUCAGUGACCCCACCUACUACAACUCGUGGAGGAGGCAGCAGAAGGGGAUCUCGCGGGCCCAGGCCUACAGUUACACGGAGAGCGACUCGGGCGAGCCGGACCACACCACCAUGGCCAACAGCGGCAGCGCCCAGCAGGGCGGCCUCUUCCGGCCCAAGGCCAGUCGGACCCCAACGCCCCAAAAUCCCCUGAACCCCCCGAGUCAGCAGAGCACCCUCUACCGGCCCCCCAGCAGCCUCACCCCUGGCCCUCGGGCUCCUAUAGCAGGAUUUUCAUCGUUCGUUUGACGUCGGAAGGGGGAAAAGAAAGAAAAACAAAACAAAAUAGCACCAAACUCCCCAUCUGCCCCUCCCUGCACUGCCUGCCGGAAAACAAAAACACCAAGAAACCAAGUCAACUUUUCA